AUCCUGCCAAGAUGAACCGAGGCAUCUUUGUGUCACGUGGCAGUCCCAAUGAGAAAGAGCUCAUUGAGAGCGCUGAGGGGAUCUGCUCUUCGGACAGGCUGGUUCAUGAUAGAAUCCGUGGGUAUUUUGCACCCUUUGCCAAGGCCUAUGAAACAGUGUGUCAGAAGCAGGAGAAGGAGUUCUUUGGGCUUCGUGACUAUUACAGCCUCAUCAAAAUGGUCUUUGCCAAAGCCAAAGCUUCUAAAAAGGGGCUUUCCCCACGAGACAUUGCUCAUGCUGUGCUUCGGAACUUCAGUGGUAAAGACAACAUCCAGGCCCUGAGCAUCUUUACAGCCAGUCUUCCGGAGGCCAGGCACAAGGAAGAAGUCAGUACUGUGGAACUCAUCAAACAGAACAUCUGCACUGGCCUGCAGGCAUCCAGCAGGGGCCUGGAUGCUGCGGAGUCCCGUUACCUGCUUGUGUUGACCAGGAACUAUGUGGCGCUGCAGAUCCUCCAGCAGACACUCUUUGAGGGUCAGCAACCAGAGAUCAUUUUCGGCUCCAGCUUUCCUCAGGACCAGGAAUACACCCAGAUCUGCAGGAACAUUAAUAGGGUGAAGAUCUGCAUGGAGACAGGGAAGAUGGCGGUGCUGCUGAACCUGCAGAAUCUCUAUGAGAGCCUGUACGAUGCUCUCAACCAGUACUAUGUCUACCUUGGGGGCCAGAAGUACGUGGACCUCGGACUAGGUACUCACCGAGUCAAAUGUCGAGUGCACACUGAUUUCCGCCUCAUCGUCAUUGAGGAGAAAGAUGUGGUGUACAAGCAGUUCCCUGUGCCCCUCAUCAACCGUCUGGAGAAGCACUACCUGGACAUGAACACCGUGCUGGCGGGAUGGCAGAAGAGCAUAGUUCAGGAGCUGCAGCAGUGGGCACAUGAGUUUGCAGAUGUAAAAGCAGACCAGUUCAUUGCCAGACAUAAGUACAGUCCUGCAGACGUCUUCAUCGGCUACCAUUCUGAUGCCUGUGCCUCUGUGGUGCUACAGGCUGUAGAGAGGCAGGGCUGCAGGGAUCUGACGGAGGAGCUGUACCGAAAGGUGUCUGAAGAGGCCAAGUCCAUCCUGCUGGACUGUGCAACACCAGACGCUGUGGUCCGGCUGAGUGGUUCUGCACUGGGCUCCUUCACUGCAAAGCAGCUGUCACAGGAGUAUUACUACACCCAGCAGCACAACUCUCUUGUAGACUUCCUCCAGACUCACCUGCGCAUGGCCCAUCAGGACUGCCGGGCUGUCUUCACAGAGAUCACCACGUUCUCCAGACUGCUGACCAGUCGUGACUGUGACGUCCUAGAAUCUGAGCUGAGAGGCCUGGCCUCGAAGCCUAUGGUGCUGUCACUGCAGCAGUAUGACACUGAGUACUCGUUCCUUAAGGAUGUCCGCUCCUGCUUAAUGAACCCAGCCAAGCGUAAAGUCCUAGUCAUCCAGACAGACUUUGACGAUGGCGUUCGUAGCGCGCAGCUCAUAGCCUCCGCCAAGUAUUCUGCCAUCAAUGAAAUCAACAAAACACAGGGAACAAAGGACUUCGUCUUUGUUUAUUUUGUCACAAAACUGUCACGAAUGGGAAGUGGUACAUCAUACGUGGGGUUCCAUGGAGGGCUAUGGCGGGCUGUACAUAUUGAUGACCUCCGCAGAUCAACAAUUAUGGCUUCAGAUGUCACCAAACUGCAGAAUGUCACUAUCAGCCAGCUGUUCAAGCCAGUGGAAAAACCUGAGCCAGAAGAUGACCCAGAGGAGGAGAUGGAGACAGAGACCAGCAAGUCAGGGGAAGUGACAGAGGAAGAGAUGGAAGUGGAAGGUUCAGAGGAGAUGAAAAAGGCCUCUGACCCAGGAGGCUGUGAUCGUUCACAGGUCCUAGACACCACCAGACUGCUGCGGAGCUGUGUGCAGGGUGCUGUGGGGAUGCUGAGAGACCAGAAUGAGAGUUGUGCACGCAACAUGAGGAGAGUCACCAUUCUUCUUGACCUCUUAAAUGAAGAUAACACACAAAAUGCUUCUUUUUUGCGGGAAUCUAAGAUGCGCCUCCAUGUUCUUCUAAACAAGCAAGAAGAGAACCAGAUCCGCAGUUUAAAGGAGUGGGUCACCAGGGAGGCUGCAAAUCAGGACGCCCUGCAGGAGGCAGGCACCUUCAGGUACAAGA